AUGCAGUGGAUGUGGCCGACGAAACGCUAUACGAACUGCAGCCCGAAAAACCUCACAGAAAAAAUAACAUGGUUGGUCAGUCCGUCGGGUGGGGAGUCCUGUGCCUCCUGGCCUGCCUCCUGUUGGCCGCCCACGCGCAGGGGCAGCCGCGGGAGAGCAGCGAGGGCGCCAACGUCCUUGAUCUUGCACCCCAUCUACGCCGGGAGCCACGAACUCACGCUCAGGAAGUUCGGGGAGAAGCUGGUGGAGCGAGGGCACCGAGUGACGCAGCUGCGGUGGCGCUCCACCAAGACGCGCCCGGUCAACUCUUCCGUCCAGGUCGUCACGCUCAACCCGGAUAACCACGAUCUACGGUACCCAUACAUGAACCAGGACGGAAUCUUUCACCCUCCCACUAACAUGCUGUGGGAGAGACCGAGGCAUAUGUGGCAGCUCCCGACGGACGUGUUCGGCCUGAUGGACGCCCACUGCGAGACGAUCCUGGGCGACGAGGCCCUCAAGAGCCGCCUCCGCAGCGCCAACUUCUCGCUCGCCCUCGUCGACAUCAUCGCCAACGAGUGCUCUCUGGCGCUCGCCUUCGACCUCGAUCUGCCGGUCGUCGGCUUCUGGGGGUUCUCCUUCCAGGGGGCCGAGUCCCGAGCCGCCGGUGUGUUCCAGUCGCCUGCUUUAGUCCCAAACUUCUUAAGUGAAGUUGGAGCGACUAUGACCUUCACAGAACGAGUGUGGAAUACGUUGGUGAUGCUUGCUGAGACUGCCAUCAUCACUUACCACUUCACCGUCACCGAUGGACACAUUAAGCGGUUGCUUCCCUCCAGUCCCACCAGUCGCGAGCUGCUGCGUGAGAUGGAGGUGGUCCUGGUUCACUCGCACUGGUUCAUCGACUACCCGAAGCUCAUGCCGCCCCACGUGCAGUACAUCGGCUGCAUCCAGUGCGGGCCUCCGUCGCCGCUGCCGCCUGACCUCGAGGAAUGGGUGUCGGGCGCGGGCGAGGCGGGCGCGAUCGUGUUCUCCCUUGGCUACACCGGGUACGAGGCCACUACGGUGCCUCCCCACGUCAUGGAGGCCUUCGUCAACGCCUUCGCACGUCUCCCCCAGCGGGUUCUUCUGAGGUUCAACGCCGCGAGACUCAGCUUCAUCCCCGAUAACAUCAAAGUGCUCGAGUGGUUCCCUCAACACGACUUAUUAGCUCACCCCAACACGCGCCUAUUCGUCACCCACUGCGGCCAGAACGGGCUGAACGAGGCGGUGUACCACGGCGUGCCCAUCGUGGCGCUCCCCGUCUUCGCCGACCAGGGAGACAACGCCAGGAGGGUGGUGGACCACGGGCUGGGUUUGGCCAUUGACAAGGACUCCAUCAGCGAGAGUGCGGUCUUUGAGACGGUUACGGCCGUGCUUAACGAUACCAGGUACACCGAGACCGUCAAGAGGUUCUCGUCGCUGUGGCAGGAGGAGGGGGAGUCCGGGGCCGACCGGGGGGCGCGGUGGCUCGAACGCGUGCACCGGUACGGGCGCCUCACCCACCUCCGCAUGCCGGGCGCCCACCUCAGCUUCUCCCAGUAUUUUGCCCUGGAUGUGGCGGUUUUCCUCAUGCUGGUGGCCGCCGCGCCCUGGUGUCUGGCGUACUGGCUCUGCUGCGGAAGAAGAAGAAGAAGACACGGGAGGGACAAAAUGAAGGAGGAAUGAUCGGCUUCUGUUUCGCGUGUAGAUCAUUUGAGGAUGGAUGGAUUUUUUUGUCGUUUUGAGUUGCUCGUGUGUAAUUAGGGUAGUGAAUUGAUUUUUAUUGGCCAUGGACAGGUGAUGAGAAGACAUGAUAUAUAUGUGGUUUUAUGAUAUAUAGAGAGUGGAGAGAACCAGUCCAAUUACUCAGAAUUUUUGUUUUGA